AUGAAGUUCACUGCUGUUGCUUCUCUCGCCCUUGUUGGCGCUGCCGCUGCUCAGAACUCGACUACUGGUGCUGCCACUGGCUGUGUUGCCAAGUACAACACCUGCAGAACCACACCCGUGGAUGGUCUUUCUGCCAACCAGGCUCAAUGCGCUGCCGACAACGCCCAGUGCCAGGGCGACUGCUAUGCCGCCUACAACACCUGCAGAACCACUCCUGUCGAUGGUCUCUCCGCCAACUUCGCUGAGUGUGCUUCCGAGUAUGCCACCUGUCUCGGCGAGAAUCCCAUUGCUUCCACUGGCGGCUUGAUCUCCUCUUUCAUUCCCUACAGCGCCACUGCCACUGUCAGCGCAACUGCCUCUUCGAGCUCUGCUUCUGCCUCUGCUAGCGCUUCUGCUUCUGGCUGUGUUGCCAAGGACAAUGCAUGCCGCACAACUCGUGGCCCUGAUGGUCUUUCCGCCAACCAGGCCCAAUGCUCUGCUGAUAACGCUCAGUGCCAGGGCGACUGCUAUGCAGCUCUGAUCAAGUGCCAGACCACCCCUGGCGCCGAUGGCCUGUCAGCUAACCAGGCUGCAUGCAUUGGCGAGUAUGCCACUUGCCUUGGAGAGAACCCCAUCGCAUCUACUGGCGGCAUCAUCUCUUCUUUCAUUCCCUACACUGCUACUNNGCUUCCAGCAGCGCUGGCGGCAUGGUCUACACCACCGAAGUCGUUACUGCGUAAAUUGACCACCGUAUGCCCAGCCCCCACCGCCGGCGCCUACGUCACCACCAUCGCCAGCAAGGAAUACACUGUCUCCUCGCAAACCACAAUCACCGUUACUGAUUGCCCGUGCACUGUUUCUUCAAUGGUGCCUGCUAAAUCCAUGGCUUCUGCUUCUGCUUCUGGCGGUAUGAUGACUUCUGCUGGAGGAAAAACCAAUGGUACUGCUACUGCUAGCAAGCCUGCUGUUUACACCGGUGCUGCUGCUCAGUUUGGUGCUGGAAUGGGAUUCUUGGGUGCUGCUGCUGGUGCUGUUAUGCUUUUGUAA